AUGGCAGACAAUACAGUCAAGUACGACCUCCCAGACGGCUACAUAUUUGUACUUGGCCCAGACGAUCGUGAUUACAUUGUUCCGGAGUUCAUGGUGCCAUCUUUGGAGCAAGCAUUUGCCAUUCAGCGCACUAAAUCAAAUAUCGGCGUUGCCAAAGCUUCGGGAAUUGACCCUUCAGCUAAGAAUGCUCAAAUCUAUAAUACCUUAGGAGGUAAUCUCCAUGUACCUCCAGAACCUCCGUUGACCGAUCAAGAACGACUGUCCCUUCACGCGGAAGUUUGCAGCCUGCAGCAGCGCUUGGGCAUUUCCUACAUAGAUGCCGCCCAUAGACUGUACCUCGCUGAGGUGGAGAAAAUAAAACUGGCAAAUGUUCAUCGCAAGGCUUUGGGUGCGUUGGAUAGGCACGUACGAAAGUCUUUACAAUUUAUUGCGGAGCGCCAUAGCGUGAUUGAGGGGAAGGAAACUGGUAGCAACACUAAGUUGCAGUAG